AUUGAAAGACAUGUGGCAUCAGCAUGCCUGUAUGCUUGGCAUCUUAACCACAUUCUUACUUUUAAUAAAUGCAAUUAUUUCAUUAAACUUCCCAUUGUUUGAAAAAACGUUUACGCUACCGAAUAAAGAAAAAUAUUCAAUAAGUCAGUCAAUUUAUGAAAAGAUAAAACGAAAAUCAUAUACUGAAAUAUUAGAUUGUAUAUUUUGCUUAGUCUAUUGGUUGAGUGCAUAUAUCUUAGCUGUAUUACCUAAUAAGUUUGCAUUUCAUCAAAAUCAAGUAUUCAUAUUAGCUUCAAGUUUCUUCUGGGAUUUAAUUGUUAAACCAUACAUGUGGAUGUCAACAUUUUAUUCAGUAUAUACCUUCAUAGCUUCACUCGACGAAACUGGGUCAUUUGACAAUCGAAUCAGUAUACACUUUAACAAGAUUUUUGAACUAAUUCAUUCACCAAACUUAACUUCUGAUCAAUUUUCCUUGUAUACAAACCAUUUGAAAAAAUUACAAAGAAACUAUCAAUGUUGUGGAUUUAAUUCUAUACAAGAUUGGUAUGGCAUAACAAAAUACCAUGAAUUACAUGAUAAUGAAUUGAUGUAUACAUGGGCAAGCGAUAUAUUUCAGAUACCAAAGAGUUGUUGCAAUCCGGAAAAUGUAGUAACGUGUUCAACAAAAUUUAUAAACUCAAUAAAACUUAAUUCUUAUCAGCUGACAGGCUAUUCAUUAUUUCAGCAUGAUACACUGCCAUUUUACAAAGAUGGUUGUUUAGCCAAAAUAGCUCAUGAUUAUAGACAGUUAAUGUAUGAUUUCAUUACUAAAUAUAGUGCAAUCAGUAUAUGUUUACAUAUUCUACGUUUAACCACAUGCUACCUAGUUUACAACCAAAGUCAACCAAAUCACAAAAGUAAGCCUGUUCAACUUAAAAGAUAUUCCUUUCGAAAAUCAAAUGAUUUCAACAUAUUUGAAAAUAUGCGCUACAUAUCAAAUUCACAUUUAUCCGCUGCCUGUCAGAGUUAUUGGUUGUUUGGACAAUUAACUCAUCUUCAGUUACCAUUUGCAAAGUUUAAAUCACAGUGGUUACAAAAAGGAAUAAAUAUAGGCUGGAUGUUAAUUAUUAAAGGUAAAUAUUAUGUGACAUUUCUACGUAGAGUACAGAUAAAAAAGAAUAAAAUUCCCUUGAAUCAGUUUCGUCAAUUUUUACGUAAAUGGUUGCCUACACUUGAAAUGCUCAUUUAUGCUGAUGGUAGUGAAAGAGAAGAGAUUGAAGCUAAUAUCAUAUAUGGAGGGUAUAUUGCAAGUAUUUCAAGGAUGAUAUGCUUUUUGUUAUUCGGAAUAUUUGUGAGUGAAAUUAUGCUGAUCACAAUUUUACCUCUCAAAGAUCAGUCUAUAGAAUUGCCUACUGAUGAUAAAAAAAUACCUAAUGAUAUUAUUCGUAGAGAUGCUGAACUCUUAGCUCAGGAUGUUAUGUGGAUAACUAAAGUUUUUACCCGUGUAACAAUUAUUAUAGCAGCUAUGAUAUCCCGUAGAUUUCGUUGUCUUCUUCUUCUUAUUAUUCCCAACUUAGCACAAACUAUUGGUUUAUCGUACCUAGGCAGCGAAUUAAUACAUACGUCUAUAACAGGACCAGUAAGAAGUUUAGAGCACAAUAUCAUUUCAGCAGCUGAAUCUCUGAUAUGUUUUAUUAAGUUAGCGUAUAAUAUGUCAAAAGAUGCCAGUGAUUUCCUUGAAAAGGGUAAAGAAGAAGUUACUACAGAAGGAGAUAUGAACUAUAUUGAAAUCAUCAAGAAAAAGUCUGAACAAAUAAAGAAUAAAAUAAACCAAUACAAUGAAUCAUUUCAAAAACUGAACCAAGAAAUUGAAAAAGGCAAGGUUGUGAUGAAGCGUGCAAAAUCUUUCCUUCAUACAACUAAUAAUGCAACAAACGUAUAUGCUCGCAUGUCCGCCGAAAUGGCUGAACGAGCUAGAAAAGGAAUGAUGAAAAAGGCUGAAGCAAGUAAAAACAGGAUAAAAGCACUAGUAAAAGAUAAAUAUAUGGAUAAUAGAACAUUAAAGAAACUGACCGAUCGUAUUGAAAAUGGCUUAAGAAUAGAAAAUAGUAUAGAAAGUAGAAUGCUAACCACUUGUAUGGUGUUCUAUAAAACACGUGCCACUAUCUGUACGGAAUCAUCUAUUCAAGCAUGCGGUCGUCUUCAAACCAUCCUGAUUGCAACUACUUGGUUUCCCAUAUUGAUUAAAAAUAUUUGUAUUCGUAAAGUCGCCUCCGGUGUGGCUUGUCCUACAAAUCAAGCACUUGAAGAAGCUGUACAAAAAUGCAGUUCAAGUUUAUCGAAAAUUGGUUUUUCUAGUGGAUUCGGUUCAUCUUUUCUACAAGCUCAAGAUGAACUAUAUAAAAUUCGACGAGCAUUUCACUUAUCUUUUGAACGUCAAAUGUUUCAGUCAGAAGUAUUCAGUAAUUGGAUAAGUGGAAAGUCUGAUGUUAUUUCACGUAUUGCUCAACGUACAAAAGAAACCAUACAUGUUAUCUAUGAAUUAGGUUUAAUCUUAUCUCUUCUGCUAAAAUUACUUUUCUUUUUGUAAUUUACAAAGCUCACUAUUGCAUUACAAACUAUUUAACUGAUCCCAAUUAUGACAACAUUUAUGUUGAAUCAACUUUUGAAGAAAUCGAUCAUCGGCGUUCAAAGGAAUCACGUGAAACAUUGCUGCCCUUAAAAAAGCAGGAACUAGCUAAUGUGAUAUGGCAUCAGAAAGUCUAUACUCGAGGUGAAUUGCAACGCAUUAUUAAAAAUCUUGUAAAAGUAUUAGGUUUCGGGUUUUGUUUAACUGUAUUAUUCACCAUAGAUAAAUAUAUGGCUGAAGCAAUCGAAGUGUUAAAUGAAAUAGCAAGUACUAAAUUUAAAAUUGGUGGUGAAGAGUUAAAAGAUAAUGGAACAUUAAGACAAACAGAUAUUCCAAAUCGAAAACAAGUACGUAUACUUGGUGAUGGGUUGUUUAGUGACUUAAUAGGUAUAACAGUGAAAAUUAUAAAAUACAUUAGUAAAAUUGAAUUAGCAUAUGAUUUAAGUGUGUGCAGUCCUGUAGUUGAACACACACAUUACGGUUACUUUUUACGCUUUUGUAUGAUAUGGUGUUUAAUGAUAAUAGUUUGUUUACUCUCCGGUUAUAUGUUACGCGUUAGACAUAAAUUGUUAGAUUUCUUCUAUCCACAUCGUUUGAAGCGUCGUGUUAUUUAUUUAUAUAAUGAAUUAUUAGUGAAUCGAAGGCGUAGGAUGACUAUUGCACGUAAUUUACUUAUACAUCAAUCACGACAAAACAGAUUACAAGAAGAAGCUGAAGAACGUUCACAACGUUCCCUUUUAUAUAAUAUUAAUCCACUGUUAGGUAAAUUAUUUAAACAAAAUAAAAUUAAUUGUAUUGUCUGUAUGGAACGAUAUCCAAUUGAUAAGAAAUCGUUGGUUUAUGUAUGUCCUUAUGAUGACACAGCAAUAUGUCAGUAUUGUUUAACUACUCUAUUUAAUAAACAUAGAGUUUGUGUGACUUGUUUAGACAGAAAUUAUACAAGGUUAGAAAAGAUCAAUAAAAAUAUUUCAAGAUUAAAAAAGAUAAUAAUCCAUGAAGAACCUGAUCCCUCAAUUAUACGCUAAAUGUUAGUUUACACGAUAGACAGAUGAGUCAAUUGUCGUUACAAGGUAACUAACAUUAGACAUUUCCAAACUUUGCUAUUUGACAAUAAAAUAAAUAGUUCACUUAUUUUUGUUGUUUUGUCUCGAUUUUCUGUAUAAUGCUAUGUAACCUUUUGUUUAUUUUCUAAUGAAUAAUAUAAAACCUUCUAUGCUGUU